GGGUGAGAUGACCGCAGGGCCCAAGAACGAGAUCACCCCUGCCCCUGGUGAUGCCCGCGGGACCGGCAACCCCAGUCCCAGUGCCUCGGCCCCCUCAGUCUCCAGUGACCUGUCUCCAUUGGAGUUGAGGCGUGUGGUGCCCCAGACGGGCCAGGGUCCUCGGGCCAGGGUCUCCAGACCUCAUAUGCGUGUGGCGUGGCCACCAUGGGGCGAGCCACGUGGGGCUCUGGCCAGGCCGGCGGGCCCCGACCCAGACCGCGAGCCCAGUGAACUGCUGUGGGAGGGAGCAGCCCGGCUGGGAAGAGGCUGCCCAGGCUCAGAAGCCUCCGCGGCGGCGCUGUUUCCUGGGCUUCCCAAGCCUCAGUGCCCAGUAUCCUUGUCUCCAUUUUCUCCAGGGUCUCAGCCUAGCGGUCGCCGCCGUUCUCGGGUUUCUUCGUGGGGUCACGAAUCCCGGCCGGGUCCUGCCCUCCGGAGUCAGGCCAGAGCAGCAGGUCCAGCUCUCCGCAGUCAAGCAGCCAGGCCUGGCCCUGCAGUCUUCAAUGGUGAUGCCCCACCGCCAGACCCCGCCUUCCGCAACCAUGCUUCUGGGUUGGGCGCUGCUUUUUGCAGCCUUUCAUCUGCCCCAGGCCCUGCCCUUCGAGGUGGUGCUUCUGUGCCAGGCCGCGCUCUCCCGCGUCGUCAUUCAUCCACGUCAGGUCCUGCUUUCUGCCGCCGUGCAUCUGAGCCAGGCCCGGUUGCCCCAGGGCGCCGUGCAUCUCAUUCAUCCACUUCAGGUCCUGCUUUCCGCCGCCGUGCAUCAGAGCCAGGCCCUGCUGCCCCAAGGCACCGCGCGCCCGCGACCGGGCCGGCUCCCCGCCGCCGCGCGCCCGCGACCGGGCCGGCUCCCCGCCGCCGCGCGUCCGCACGGGUUCCUGCUCACAGUCGCCGCGCGUCCGCGCAGGUUCCUGCUCACAGCCGCCGUGUCUCCGCGCGGGGCCCUGCCCCAACCCCUGCUUCCCGUGGCCGUGCAUCUCGGCCAGGCCCUGCUCUCCGCAGCCCUGCGUCCGGGUCAGGCCCUGCCCUCCGAAGCAGAGCCAACCCGGUAGGCCCUGCCCUCCACAAUGGCUGUACACCUCCAGGCUACGUCCUCCGGAGCCACCCCACCCAGACGUCAUACCCUAGAAACCGUCCCUCUCUGCCUGUGCCUACCGGCCUGAGUCCUUCUCCUGGGUUGGCCUCACAAGAAUUUGUGAGCAACUCAAGCUCUCCUAAUCCUGAGGUUCCAAGCCUUGAUACCCAGCCCCGUUGGCAUGCAGUCCGUAUGCGGGCCUCCUCUCCCUCACCUCCUGGUAGGCUCUUCCCUUUCUCUGGGCCGAGUGAUGAGUCCUCCACCUCUUCUUAUUCCUCUUCUUCCUCCUCCUCCUCCAAUGAUUUUUCUGACCAGUGUCCCUCUUCCCCAAAGUUUUGUGGCUUGGGCUCCAUCUCCACUCCUAGUCCUGCAAGCCUCAGGCGUGCCUUACUGCCAGAGUUUGAAGGGAGUUUGCCUUCUCCCACUACACCCCCUGGGGUGUGA